AUGGCGGACGCACUCUACGAACUUCUCGUCCCUCACUUUGAUGCCACGGAUACCUCCCUUCGACCUCCUCCCCCCGCGACCAGCGCAACAACUGCGCAAUACCUCAACCGCAUACCAACCCUAAACACUGCUUCAUUAACAUCUACCGAGCUCCAAUCGCUCUCACAGACAUCCCAUUCGAACCUCGUUUCCCUCCAGGCGCUCGCCAACCGAUCUCACAAGUCCUUCGUCACAUCUGCGGAUAACCUCCGGUCACUGCAAACAUCCCUUCCACGCCUGGCCACAGAGACACAGCGGCUGCGAGAUGCUAUCCCGAAGCUCGACGAGGAAGCCUUGUGCUUCUCCUCCACGUACAGUAAAACGGGGGAGAGCCAGAUACUGGACAGGAGGAAGAAGGCGCUCCAACUAGCCAGGAACGUGGAUAUACUCUCUGAUAUACUAGAAUUACCAGCCUUGCUUUCUACAGCGGUGUCAUCUUCUUCGGGCUCUUCAUCGGCUGCAGCCAAUGCCGGCGGAGCGUCGUCGAGCAGCCUGUCGAGCAGCUCGAAUUACUCGGCUGCUUUGGACCUGUUUGCACAUAUCAAGCGGCUGCAGACGCUAUAUCCAGAGUCACCUCUGGCCAAGGAUAUAUCACAGCAGGCAGAGGAUGCUAUGAAGGAUAUGACCACCAACCUGAUCUCCGACCUGCGGGUACAGAAUAUUAGACUGGCACCUGCUAUGAGGAUUAUCGGAUGGCUACGACGUAUUGCCCCGGACCUUGAACAGCCAUCGAGAUCAAAGUCAGCGGGUGGUAGCGGUACCGGGAGCAGCAGCGAAGGUGCAUUUGGUGCUCUAUUCCUCGUCUGCCGUCUAGCCAACCUUCUGACGAUGCUUGGUGCCCUCGAGCCACUCCGUGAGCUGGCAGACCAAGAGACUGUCCGCAGACGGCAGAAUGGUGCAAGGGGGCCAUCCGGCGAAGGAGCGAAUGUAUCGAAAAAUACAUGGUCUGGAGGUCAACAGACGGAACGUUUCCUGAAGCGAUAUAUUGAAAUUUACAGAGAACAAAGCUUUGCGAUUGUGUCUUUGUACAAGAAUAUAUUUGCGCCCAUAUCUUCAGAGUCGGAAACAAAUUCACAUAUCAAACCGCCACCACAACAACAAGCAAACACGCAUUUAGAAGCAGGGGUUCCAUCUCUGCUCUCUCAGUUACCUCCGGCAUUGGCUACAUUCCCGAUGCACCUGGCACAGCUACUGGCGGAGACCCUGGAGGAAUAUCUGCCCAAUGUUAGAGACAAGGGUUCUAGGGAGAGUCUGCUUACCCAGGUACUCUACUGCGCAGCCAGCUUGGGUCGAUUGGGCGGUGACUUCAGCUUGAUACUAUCUCUGCUAGAUACUACCGAGGGGACGCAAGAGCCGGACGACGACGUAGCUGAUGCGGUUCCUGAGUGGGAAGAUGCAAUUCGAAAGCACCGCAUCCUAGCCGAGCGUCUAGAUUUGCUGACGGCCGGUGGUGAAGCUGCUGGUGCAAAGGGCGGCUCUUCAACCGCAAAGUGA